AUGGACGGUGCUAGCUACUUCUCUGAGAAUGACAUCUCUGGCAUUCUUAUUAUCCCCCACGCCAUCCUCAGCUUUGUCGCUACAGUGUUUGUUGGUUUGCGAGUUUGGACCUCCCGGUACAUCACAAAGACGCCCGCGACCCUUGAUCAGUGGGUCUCUGUUGUCGCUUUGUUAAUCAACCAUGGCCUAUUGAUUGCCGAAGGGAUUUGUGUACAUUAUGGUUACGGACAGAAUAUCAUCAAGGUGACGAAUGAUUAUGGCGGUGUUUCCAACUUCCUCAGAACUUUCGUUGCCUGCGAAAUCACAUAUGGCCUCUCCUGCGCUGUUUCCAAGAUAGCAGUACUUACUAUGUACUACCGUAUCUUCUCAUCUUCCAAGUUACUUCGUUACUCGACAUGGAUUAUGUCCUCUAUCAUUACUGCAUGGGCAAUCGCCACUGUCUUGGUCAGCAUCUUUAGUUGCGACCCCAUCCGAGGCUUCUGGGACAAGACUAUACCAGCCCGGUGCAUCGAUACCAACAAGUUCUACAUUGGAAUUACUAUUCCUAAUAUCAUGUUCGAUAUUGCAACAGUAGCACUACCUGUCCGCGAAGUCUGGAAACUGCAGCUGGGCAGAGAUAAGAAGUGGGCUAUCACCACUAUAUUCUUACUCGGUGGCAGUGUCGUACUUGCCUCAAUAGGUCGUCUCGUCCUGUUUAUGAUCUACAAAAGCUCGCAAAACAUCACUCAAGUCAUGAUAUUUGGACACCUGGCAUCAUCUGCUGAAGUAUGUCUUGCUAUUAUCGGCGCCUGUCUACCGUCCUGUGCGCCACUCCUAAAGAAAGCGCUGCAGAGAUUCGUCUCUACGGUGUCAGAAGAGGACAAGGGCAACACGGAUAAAGCCCAUGGAUCUGCAUUAGUCACUAUAGGCCAAAAGCGCAGUCGUGGUCGUGCUAACCCAACUACACUUGGAGGAAAUGACAAUGGGUCUUUUGAGCGUCUUGAUGAUAAUGGGAGCUUCCAGGGGUCAACUGAUGGCUUAUAUAACAACAAGCCUGAUGCGAAGCAGAUACAUAUUCAACGUGAAUUUGAGUUGGAUAGUGAAAACGGGGAUAUUCCGUUGAAGGAUCUUUAG